CUACUUUGUGUUGUCAUCCAUUUUGUGUAUGAAGGAAGUACAUUGAUACUUCUACAUACCGUUUGUUACUUAUAGUGUUAUGUCACUCAGCAGUCAAGGAUGGUUCUAUGAUAUGACACAGACAGACCAGCAGGAGACUCGAGCAAAUCCGUAGGCACGCCAUGCUAAUCUGCUUGCUGAUGAUAAUAUAAUAGCAGGCUAACUACUUCUGGGAGUCCUCCUUGCCAAGCAAAGCGCUCUCAGUAUUAAGGGGGAUAAAAGGAAAAGCUGGUCAGACUCAGCCCCUCAUCUGGCAACCACCACCAUGGCCUCCUGCUAUCUUGUGUUUGUAUAUGGCACUCUGAGGCAGGGCAGACCAAAUCACUACAGACUGCUGGAGGCUGCCAGUGGUUUUGCACGGUACCUGGGCCUGGCCACCACCUGUGAGAAAUAUCCACUUGUCAUUGCCUCCAGGUAUAACAUUCCUUACCUGCUUGCUGCUCCUGGGUAUGGAAAGUGUGUGCUUGGUGAGGUGUAUGAGGUAGAUGACAAGAUGCUGGAGUUGCUUGACCGGUUGGAAGAUCAUCCCAAAUAUUAUGAGAGGAAGAUGAAGAAGGUCAAACUGCAGGAGUCUGGGAAAGAAUUGGAGUGCUGGGUGUAUCUGCUUCACAAGUACAAGCCUUUCAUGAUGGAGCUGCCCUUCUUGAACGACUACAUUGCAGCAGCUGAUGACCCAGAGAAGCAGUACAUUGCCCGGUACUUAAGGAAAGAGGGGGAUGACUAUUGGUUGGAUGUUAAGAUGGAUGAAGUAACGGCAUGAGAGGGGCUGGGAGACAUGGGUCAGAGAAUGUUCUUAUUGUGCCAGGGAACACACUAUAUGCACUUCCUUGUCUUUUAAUGAGCUUUAAUGAGCCUCUUUUCAGUCUUUUUUUUUUUGCAUAAGUAAUCUCUGCAUCUUGAAUUGUUCCUGUGCUUUAAAGGUUUUACAUGUGAUAUAGGGAGGUGGUGGCAUAGUGGAUAAAGUGGUGAGGGUGGGAUCGGAUAGACGUCCAUGCGUAGGUUUGAAUACCACCAUGUAUCAUCUUCAUACUUUGCCAUUUGUCGAGAGGUUUAAAGUUACCUACAUGUCACCAUGAUACCCAAGUUCUAGCUGGUUACACCAAAGAUGUGCUUGGGUGUUGAUAUGGGCCCUAAUAUGGGUACCAUUAUAAAUUAAAUUACCUGCGCCACUAAUGGGUGGAAGCUUAACAGCGCUUCUGAUACUCUUCAAGUUACCUACAGGCGCUAUAGGCCAGGACAUAAAAAAAAAUAAUAAUAGUAAUAAAAAAUAAAGUUUUUGUGAAGCUGUGAAAUUAACAAGAUUCAGAGUUGGAGUUUGUGUUUCUUGAGCAUGAAUAAUUUCACUCUCCUUGAGUAUUAUGAAAAUGGAUUUUGAAGGUAUUGUACUUGCAUUCAGUUAAAUACUUAAGGUUAGACAAAGUAUUUACACUUAAAUUUUACUUACUUGAUUAUCUAUUUAUUUUGCCAACCAGAUAAACCUCAGGUAAUUAAUAUAGUUUCUAGUUUGGAGUUGUAGUGGUUGGACCUUGUUUUAAUGAUAUAUCAUCUGCUUGUAGCUUUAUGUAAAUUUUAUGGGGAGUAAUUAUAUUCUGUCCAUUAUAUGUGGUUCAUAAUGUUUACUUGUGUUUCAUAUUUACUUGUGCAUUGUGUAUUUAGUGGAGUAUUAUUCCUUAUGAACAAGGACCAUUUAUGAAUAUAAAGUUAAUAUUAUUCUUAUAUCCAUGUUAGUUGUUAAUCACUGUAGUAUAGAUUGGUCAUAUAGAAGAUUUUAUUGAGAUGUAAAAGAUAAUAUUAUGGUUUAUUUUGAAAUACUUUUUAGUACAUAUAACCUCACAUUUGUUAAUGAAGUGAUGCCAAUGAGAACUUCAUCAGAAUUGGAGAAGUGGACUCUUAAUUUUUCCUUUUCUGUGUUCCUUAUACUCCUACAUUUUAUUUGUAUCAAGUUGACAAUCUGCACUGCAACUUGGCAAACAGCUGCUGAAGUGAAGAUGAUAUCUCGGAUCCAGAUGAUAUAUAAGCUCGAGUCCAGGAAUUGGUGAGUCCAUUACAUGUAACCAUAUUUACUACUUCACCACAUAGCACAUGCAUAUUCCUGUAAGGUUUCUCUAGUGAGCAAAUUCAUUACACACAUAUAUGAGUAGUAAAAGUACAUAUCAGUGAUUGGAAUGAGUUGGAUAUAGAGAUGAGAUCUAUGUAUUGGUGGGGAAACAAGAUAACGAUUGAAUUCAAGGUGAAUAUCUGCACAUAACUCGAGUUUCCACACAGAUUUGUCUCAGGAAUGUAAAGUAGACUUUUUGUCCAGAUACAUCUAUAUUUUAUGUUUUCAUUUUUCAAAAAAGUGCUGUGUUUUUUUAGUUGGACUAACUAUAUUCUCUUCCUACAUUGUCCAUGUUGAAUGUAUCAUGUAGCCUUUUUAAACACAAAUACAUAUAUUAUAUCAUGA